AUGUAUUGGAAAAUUCAACAUUCUAAAUACACCUGUUCGAGGAUUCUUGGACACCAGACUUAUUUCAAAAUUAAUACUCCAGACCUCAAAUCUUUCUCACAAAUAAAUUUACUCAAAUCUCUACUGAACUGUGAUUAUGCUGCACAUGAUACACUACAGGAUAUGACUUUCCUUCAAAAGCUUAUGGAAUCCUCCAAAAUUGACUUUACUGAUGCCAAAUUUUCUUCUGCAACUUUUACUGUUCCAGCGGCAUUACAUUCCUUUGACCAAUCAGCUUUAUGCAAGUUAAAUAAUACCUUUGAUAACCAAUUAAAUCUACCUACACUACUGGAAAUUGUUGACAAUAAAGUGUUAAGCAUUAGAAAGGCACGGAAAAUUGCAGCUUCGAACCUUAAUAAGGCUUCACUUCUAAUAGCAUUUUCAAGAGGUCAGGAGAAUGGAUUACAACAAAUUUUCUCUGAGGAAUGUGGCAAAGGACCAAGAGUAACAAGAUCUUCUAAAAUAUUCCAUGUUGUUUCCAAGUAUAUUUCAGAACACUUAAUUGAAAGUUAA